GCUCAGUUGGUUGAGCGUCCGACUUCGGCUCAGGUCAUGAUCUCAGGGUUCGUGAGUUCGAGCCCCACGUUGAGCUCGCUGCUGUCAGCCUGUCAACACGGAGCGCGCUACACUACGGACCCUCUGCCCCCUCUCUCUGCCCCUCCCCAGCUUGCGCUCUCCCCCAAAAUAGGUCAAUAUUUAAAAAAAAAAAAAAAGUGGCCCCUGCUCACUUUUACUUAUUUACCAGCUGUCCAUGUUUUAGGUAUAAGCACAGUUAUCAAUGUCACGGUUUCAUUGGAUUUAGGAUUCUUAAAUUGAUGGUAACUAGAAAACUUUUUAAGAUACAGUAAAAAAAAAAAAAAACCUCUACAGAGGCCAGGAGAAUAACCUUGACUCAAGCAUGACACUUCCUCAAGUUGCUAGGCGUGGGGAAUAAGCUUAGGAAUUCCCUGAGCCUGCACGGAUGGGUUAACAAGGCCUAAAGAAAUAGCCACAGGAUGAACACACCCAAGCUUGGGUAAAAAAGGUCAGGUAAAUGGGGCAAAGGCCCCCAGAAUGGGACAAAAGUAUAGGGAUAGGAAAUCGCAGGAUGAAAGCAUCCAAAAAUAGUAAACGAGAUUAGGUGUUCAGGGGGGAAAUGCCCCCCAACUUAGUACAACAGCAGAAAGUUGCUUUCACAGGAAGGAAGGACCAACUUAGGUGAACAGGUAAACAGAGCUAUAGACCUCGUGAGGCGUGGUUGCCCAGAGAGGAGCUAAUUAGCAAAAGAAAGGUGCCUUGUUGACCCUGACGUGGCUUGCUUGGUCUUUCUCAUCCCCUAGGCCAGUUUAGGUAAACAGAGGUGGGGCCUCACGUCUGCUGUAAACAACCUUCCACCCAGUGUCAGGAGUCUGUUUUGUAUUGACCCAAACCCCUAACAGCGCAUGUCUUCAACACCCCCUUUCCCUCCUGCCCAUGAGUUAAUGUUCACGGUUUCAUUGUCUCUUGGUACACGCCCAUCACGCUUGUAAGCCUUCUGACCCCAAUAAAAACGGAGCAAGGACCCUUACUUGGGGCUCCUGUCUCCUCCCGGACAUUAGCCUCUCGUAUUUUAAUCCCACGAGAGGGAACUCCAGAUCCAGAGUAUACGACAGCUGGGUAAGCCUUAGGAGACGAUCACAAUUUUUUUUCUGGCAGGGAGGGUUCUGGACGGCACAGCCAUCGUAACCGCGGCCUCGGUAAGGGCCGCGUGUUUACUGUUCCCCUCUCGGUUCCAGCAGCGCCCCGCCCCCGGCGACCACCGCGCGCUGAGCCAAGUCAGACUGCGAAGGCGGGCUCGCUCGGCUCAAUUUUGAGACGGCGUCUGCCGGGCGCCCUGGCUGGAACAGCGAUGGUGAUCUGGGGGCGAGUUCGGCCUGCAGGCCAAUCGUAGGGGCCUCUCUCCUGGCAACGGUCACACUUGGGUUGAUAGCAGAGAUGCUUUCUGUGCGCUUCCCUUGCGUCACAGACAACAUUAACGCGUCGACGCAGACGUCGACAUUUCGUAAUUGUUUACGGCUUCCUCAUCUUUCUUCACCUCUCGAGAGAUGCGGGGCUUCACGUCUGGCCGGCUUUCCUGCACGUGUGUCCGAGCAGCCACGGCGGCAGGUGGCACGGGAGUGUCGCACGAGCGCCAGCAGCUGCCCCGGCGCGGCCUCUGCCCCCUCACCGCGCUGCUCGGCACAGGGAGGGCCCGCCGCGUCUUGGCUCCCGGGGAUGUGUUUCCACGCCGCAGCCCCUCAGCUUCGUGGCUCCGGGGACAGGCGCGCAACGUGCAAAGCGAACGAAACAGAACAAAGGCUUCAGCAAAACAACGUGGUCGCUACCAACUUACAUUCGGGAGAACCCGUCACCGAACAGAGCAGGGCUGCCUCACCGACAUCCACCGAGCGGAGAAUCUCCGAAGAAUCACGCGCCCUGGCUCACGUGGCGCAGUCAUGCUGUCCGCACGGAGAGGAGACUGGCCUUCAGCAGACCUCCGUGGCUGGGGACCCCGCUCAGGCGGCCGGACAGAACGCCACCGGCUGGGGGCUCCACCGUUGACUUCUCAUGAUCCCAGAGGCCACGUCCAAGAUCAAGGUUAAAGCAGGAUUUGUACGUCAAGGAGACUCUCUGCGGAGGUGCUGGAUGCUUAGUUCGGACACCUGCUGUGGCGGAGCGGCAGGAGUCCGACCGACCCGCCACAGAGAACAGGCUGUUCCCGAGCAGCUCUCCCGUCCC